ACACACAGUGGGUGGAGCCACAGGGACUGGAAAGUCUUCGGUCUUUUUCACCAGCAACAAAGUUUUUCCUGAUUUUCUUUUAAAAAAGAAUCGUCAUGGUAACCAUCGAGACCCACCAGAGCCAGGAUCUGCUGGUACCUGCUCAGGACCAGGACCUUCUGGACCAGCAGGACCAAAAUGACCAAGACCCAGCUAUGCCAUCGUUAGCUUUCCCCGAGCUGGACCUGGAGAAAAUGAGUCAGGGUCCAGUGAAUGCUAUCACAGUCCUGACUCUAUUGGACAAACUGGUGAACAUGCUGGAUGCUGUCCAGGAGAAUCAGCACAAGAUGGAGGUCCAUCAGGUGGAAAUGGAGGGCGUGGUCAGAGGAAUCCAGGCCGACAUGACCAAACUCUCCAAGAGCCACAGUCACACGUCUAACACUGUCAGCAAACUGUUGGACAAGAGUCGCAAGCUGUCUGUCACCAUGAAGGAGGUGCGUGACAGGAUGGAGCGUCAGGGAGCUCAGGUAAAGAAGCUGGAGGCAAAUCAUGCCCACCUGGGAAGCAGGAAUCACUUCAAAGUUCUCAUCUUCCAGGAAGAGCAGGAGAUCCCCUCCUCAGUCUUUGUAAAAGACCCUCCUCCAUUUCCACGGGACCAAAUCUUGGAGGAGGAAGAAGGUGCUGACAUGAGCCGUCCAGCAGAGGGCGAUCUAACUACCAUUAACCUGUCUUCUGAUGAAGACGUGGGUCUUGAGGCAGAACCAGAGGAGGAGGAGGAGCUGUGGCCUCUGGACCUGGAGAACAUGGAGAAGACAAGAGCAGAGAAACUGAAAAGGUCCAGCCUGAAGAAGGUGGACAGUUUAAAGAAGGCAUUCUCCAAACAGAACAUUGAGAAGAAAAUGACUAAAAUUGGUACCAAAUUGGUGUCUGUGGAACAACGAGAGAAGAUCAAACAGAAAACGUCCAGCCUGAAAGUUUCUCCUCUGACCUUCAGCAUCAGGAAACCUCGAAGCAGCUCUGAGUCUCAACCAGCAGAGCCUCAGUCGGCUGAAGUCCAGAUCCAGGUCCAGGAUCUACCCUUCACUGAGGUCCAUGCUCAUCUGGCCCCUGCUGAGGGAGAGGAGGAGAAAAAAGAGGAGGAGGAAGUGAAAGAGGAGAAUAAAGAAUAUGAGGAGGAAAAGCAGGAGGAGGAAGGGAAAGAAGAGUUGAAGGAGGAGGAGAAAGAGAAUGAAGAGCCAGAUAUGUCCGUGCUUUCAGAGGGAGUUAGUCCAGAGUACGCUCUGUCCGCUACACUCCCUCAAGAAGAGAAACAUAAAGAGCUGAGAGAGGAAGAGGGCGAAGAGUAGGAAUAAGAGGAAGCCCUUAAUAGAAGAACAACAUCAAAUACAGACAAUGUUAGUUUCAGGAAAUUCACUUUUUGUCUCUAAGAAAUGAAGCUUUGAGUCAGUUAGCACAACAUUAGCCUGUUAGCAUACCAUAACAUCAGGAAGUGUGUCUUCCCAUUCCAUUUGUAUGCCAUAAUACCUGGAAACAAGUAGAAACACACAUUCUUCAUUAGCUCAGUAUAAUACCUAUACAAAAAGAGUAUAAUUUACUGGACACGUUUGGAGACAAGUGCACAAUGCCUUAGCUUUAGCUCAGCAAACAAGUUAGCUUAGCAUUGGGCUCUGAAGAAUGUGGAUAAACAUAGAGAGAAAAGAUGAGAAACUAACCAUACUUUCCAAACACCUUUAUCCAUUUCCAUUUUUGUUGAUGUUGUUUGGUUAAAUUUUAAAUUCUUCAAGUGAGUUUCCAGUUAAACAUAUACAAACAAACGUUUUUGUUUAUUCAAGACCAGCUCAUUUCUAUAUUUAACAAUCACCUUAUUAAUAACAUUAACACACAUAUAUCUAAAACCAUACAACAUUCCAGAUUACUGUAAUCUGAUCACAUUAGAAUUAGACAUUCACAAGACAGUCAGCUAAUCAGUUCACGUCGUUGUUUUAAGUAUUAUGUAAUUGAUGUAAUAUUUUUCUGCACAAGUUGUAAUAAGUUGCCAAAGAUCACUUUAUGUUGCCUGUUUAUAUUUCCUCCUCCUGUUUUGUCAUUUGCUUUUUUGUGUUUUCUAUCCUGUGGCUCUGUUUCCUGUCUGACUCUCACAUAAGUAAUAAACAAAACAACAGAACUCUG